AUGCUGCCCAUUCCCGCUGCAUUUUUCCUCUUCCUCUCCUUCUUCCUCGACCAGACAACAGCCUACAAUCCCAACAAAUCCCCUUCCCGCAAUGCCGUUCUCCUCUCAAACAUCCAGACCCUCACUCUCCAUGCAAACCGAAAAACCAGCCAUCGACGCGUCCACGCUAUCCCGCAGCUAACUUGCGUCGGCCCUUCCAAACGCAUCUGCUCCUUGUAUACACCCGACGUUAUGCGCUGCACAAACCAAGGCUACGACUACGACGAGAAUGAUAUCCAGUGGACGUGUACAGCCGAGUUGCCCCCGGAGUUUAAGCUGGGCAGCACGGAAGUAGUGUGCGAAGGGUAUAGAGACUCCAAUGAUCCGUGGAUAUUGAAAGGAAGUUGUGGGGUAGAGUAUCGGAUGCUGCUGACGGAGGAGGGAGAGAGAAAAUUCGGCUACAUGACGGGCGGUGCGUUGGACGACAGAAGUUGGGCAGAGCAGCUGUGGGAUUUCGUUAAAGGUGUGGGUACGAUUUUUAUCGUCAUGGGGAGCUUCAUUGCGUUGAUGAGUUAUUGUAAUCGGUCGACUAUUAACAAUGUGAGGGGAGCGGGUGGUUGGUUUGGCGGUGGUGGUGGAGGCGGAUGGGGGCCUCCUGGCCCUCCGCCACCCUAUGAUUACCAUGGAAGGUAUACGAAGACGGAAACAUGGCAGCCGGGAUUCUGGUCUGGAGCCCUCGCUGGGGGGCUAGCAGGAUACGGGCUGGGAAAUCGGCGUUCGUCAGGCCGGAGAACCGUAUAUACCCCAAGCAGCUCUGGCAGUAGCAGCGCUGGCCCGUCUAACUGGACAAGAGAGAGCACAGGCUUUGGAGGCACAAGACGUCGUUAG